UGCGUCUAUGUUUUACUAAGCGACCGGGGAGUUUUUAAUGAUAUAAUAAGUUAAAGACGCUGAAGGUGGAGAUAAGUUGAGCAGUUGUUUUCUUUUGUUUGCUUUUUAACUCGUGGUGAUUUCAGACUUUGCAGUCUUUGGAUGAACAAAGCAUUGGCACAUCCGAAGGAAUCAAUAAAACAUUCGCAAUGGCUGCCAUGUGUUGGAUGCAAAUGCUGCUGCUUUGUGUGUGCUGCUGGCCUGCUGCGAGUAAACCUAAAUGGAUGCUACCCCAGUUCCCCUGUGAUGUCACAGCCAACAAUCAGUCACAGGUCAUAUUUGACUGCAAAGGGCGUAGGCUGAAACAAGUACCACAAGGGAUAACGAGUAAUGCAACAGAGCUGAACUUAUCAGAAAAUUGCAUAACUCAAAUCAUAUUUAAUUCCUUUUCCAACCUAAUAAAUCUCACUCAACUCAACCUGAACUGGGCAAACCAGAACAAGUUAAUGACGAUUGACGAAGAUACUUUCAAAACACUGACCAACCUGCAAUCGUUAAAACUGAGUGGCAACUGCCUGACUGUCAUGCCUGUCAUGCUCCCUCAUAGUUUGAAAGAACUUGAGCUAAACAACAACAGACUUGUGUCUUUGGAUACGAAUAGCUUUACCGGACUGAGAAAGGUGACAAAACUGUGGCUAUCCAAAAACUGCUUCUACUGGAACCCCUGUGGGCGGAGUAUGCACAUUGCAGAUAACAGUUUUGCGUUGAUGACCAAACUGCAGGAUUUGGACUUGUCCUUUAACAACCUAACCCAAGUUCCUAAAGGAUUGCCCUCCUCUUUGCACAUGCUAAAGCUGGGAAACAAUCAAAUCGAGUACAUAUCGGACAAUGACUUCUGUGGCAUGAAUCAACUGAAAGUCCUGAAAAUACAAGGAAAUUGUCGAAGAUGUCAAAAUGCUCCCUUUCCCUGUGUUCCCUGCAAAAAUGGUUCUCUUGCUAUCCAUCCGGACGCAUUCAGUGCUUUAACACGUCUGGAAACACUGAGCCUGGCGGGAAACUCACUAACCUACAUGAACCCGUCCUGGUUCCAGAAACUAAAGCAACUUAAAGAACUGCUCAUCUCGUUUAACUUCUUACAAACAGCAAUAACUGGGGAGGCGAAAUUUCUGUCAUUGCUUCCCAAACUUGAAAAAAUUGAUCUGUCAUUCAACUUCGACCUGAAGACCUACCCCACGACAUUAAGACUUUCUGAGCAUUUCUCAAGUCUCGUGUCGCUUAGAACUUUGCAUUUGGAAGGUCUGGUCUUCCAGGAAAUUGGAGCCGACACACUCAGACCUCUAUACAAUCUCAAAAACUUGUCGACACUGAACCUAGGAACAAACUUUAUCAUGCAGUUAAACUCCACCAUAUUUCGCAAAUUCCCACACUUGAGAUUGACAUACCUCGGAGAAAACCGACUCUAUCCGAUUUCAGUGAAAACCCUGAUGCAUUCAAGUGAUGGAUACAACGAAAGGCCGGACUAUUCUCUUGCAACAUUCACAAGGCCACAUCCAAAGGAGUUUGAGAUAUCACACAGUUUCGUCAAACAGGAGUGCUUUGACUCCGGCCGAGUGCUAAGUCUCAACUCAAAUAAUUUGUUCUUCAUUUCGCCACUGCAAUUCCACGGCUACACCAAUAUCACAUGUCUCAAUCUCUCAGGGAACGGAUUUUCAUCAGCCUUGAAUGGCACCGAGUUCUCCUCCAUCCCCACGCUGACAUAUCUAGACCUGUCCUUUAAUAAGAUCGAUCUGGCCUACGACAACGCCCUCAGUGAACUAAAGAACCUCCAAGUACUGGACAUCAGUCACAAUUCGCACUACUUUAUAGCCUAUGCCAUCACACACAACUUAAACUUCCUAAAAAAACUGCCUGUCCUGAGAGUGCUGAAUAUGAGUCAUAACUCCAUUUCCAUGUUGACAACAAAACAGAUGUACAGCAAAUCAUUAACAGAACUACAAUUUAGAGCAAACCAUCUUGGGACUCUGUGGAAAGAAAAAGAUAACUCAUAUAUUAACAUUUUCACCCAUCUCACUAAUUUGACCAUAUUAGACAUAUCAGACAAUUCCAUGACCAAACUGCCCGAAGAUGUUUAUGAUUCCUUGCCACGAAACCUUAUAAUACUACGCAUGAGUCAUAACUCCCUCAAAGAUUUCAUGUGGGACAAACUAAGCAAUUUCCCAAAGCUUCAAACUCUGGACCUGAGCUUCAAUUCCAUAUCUGACGUGAGGGGCAUAGACUCUAAUGCCACUUGCACAUUGACUUACCUUGACCUGAGCCACAAUGACAUCUUCCACUUGGACGACGGAUUUAUGAGAGGCGCAAAAAGCCUCAGGACGCUUUCACUUAGCCACAACAAACUCAGCCUAAUUAAUCAAUCCACCUUCUCAUCCGGUCAUGAUAAAUUGUUACUGGGCGGUAACCCGUUCCAGUGUACCUGUGACAUGCUCGAUUUCAUUCUGUGGAUCGAAAACAGCGGUGUGCACAUCCCCAGACUGACCACUGAUGUGACAUGUGAAGGACCGGAAAAACAGAAGGGCCGACCGCUCAUCCUUUUUGAUAUCAACCAAUGUGUGAACGACAGUCUGGCGUUCUUGCUCUACAUAGUCACCUUGUCCUUCAUUAUUGUUUUUAUGUUUGUGGUGACGGUUGCUCACUUAUUUUACUGGGACGCCUCCUACAUCCUACACUAUGUGAAAGCGAAACUGAAGGGAUACCACUCCUUGAAUUCAUGCCGUAGCAUUUAUGAUGUCUUUGUGACUUACGACACCAAAGAUCCACACGUUUCCGAGUGGGUGAUGAAGUAUCUGCGCGUGAAGCUGGAAGACGAGGGCGAGAAACAUCUCCCUCUGUGCCUGGAGCAGAGGGACUGGAUUCCUGGAGUCCCCCUAAUGGACAACCUCAUUCAGAGCAUCCGAGACAGCCGCAAGACCAUGUUUGUCCUAACAGAGGGCUACGUCAAGACCGGGGUGUUCAGGCUGGCCAUGUACCUGGCCCAUCAACGGCUGCUCGAUGAAAACAUGGACGUGAUCGUGUUGCUGAUGCUGGAGCCUGUGAUGCAGCACUCCCACUUCCUGCGUCUCCGGAAGAGACUGUGCGGGAAAAGUGUGGUGGAGUGGCCCAAAACGUCGGCAGCCGAGCCUUGGUUUUGGCAAAACUUGCGGAAUGUCAUCCAAGUGGACAAUCAGGUCAUGUACAACAAGACCUACUUAAUGUACUUCACCAGCAGGUGAUACAGUCGACAUUUCCUUUGAGACGACAGUGAGGGAAUGAUAUUUGGCCAUUGUCAUGAAUGGAAUUGUUUGUUUUUUCACAAUGACACUUAAAUACAUGAAUUAUAGCAACAAAAUACAUUAAAGUGUAUAGUAAUGUAAAGUGCAUUAAUUGUAGGCUCAACGCUUUUGUCUACAUUUCUAUCUAGCAUGUAGGAUCAUAAGCUCAACUAAAUUGACAGAUAGAUGCUUUGGAAGACAUGCUAGCUUACAUUCACUACAGAUCACCUCGAGAUUUUGUAAUCAUUAGAAAAAUGGUCUUUGAGUUAUGGGCAAUUAGACUACAGUCACACUACAGGGUAUGAUGCCAAAUUUGGAUUUUUUUUUGUUAAAAAAACUAUCUUUAGUCGUUCACAUUACCAAAAAAAUGCGACUUGUAUUUGUGUUAAAUGUGAACCCAAUGAGUCCAGGAAAUGUGCAUGCGCACAAAACACCAACCUUACACACGAGCGUGUUUGUGGAGGUAAACAUGUCCCCAAUUUGUGGUCUCAGGCCAGGUACAUUUGUAGAAAUUUCAAGGAUUCUGUGCAACGGGAGUCAACAUUUUCUUAACCUAAUUACUUUGCGUAGGAGAUUAAGAAAAAAGAGGAGCGUGUGGGUGAGGAGUCGGAGCCUGAAGUGGUGGGACAUUUUUUAAAUAAUUUUCACAUGACAAGAACAACUUUUGCCUACAUUGUUGAGUACCUUUCCCUAAUUCUCGCACAUUAAAAAGCCUUUCAAUGACAUAUAGGGCGGAUAUCGUAUGCGACCCGAACGUUCAAACUGCAAUAGCAUCGGAUACAAACAGUAUCUGAUUUAUAUUUACAUACAAAAGUGGCCUGGGUCGCGUUCACACUGAGAUAAAUCCGAUGCAUGUCACAUUUGAGCAAAAAAAUUGGAAUUAACCUGCAGUGUGAACGUAGCCUUGGUUGCUAAAUCCCGUCCGCGACCAAGCAAAGAGAACAAUUUUGCUUAAGCAAGCACUGUCCAAAGUUACAGUGGGUGUUAUGUAGAGCACAUCGAGCUGUGUGAAAAACACCCGUCCAACCGAGGUCGAACAACAGCACCGCCAUGUGGUGUACAGUCCUGGAAACAAUGAUUAGAUCACCCUUGUUUCUUCAGUUUCUUGCUCAUUCUAAUGCCUGAUACAACUGAAGGUACAUUUGUUUGGACAAAUAUAACAAUGACAACAAAAUAGCUCAAACGAGUUCAUUUUUGUGGCAGUACAAUGCUAUAGCUAUUCAUAUAAGAACUUAAGUGAUUUUGGUUAUCAAGAAAACCAUGGAAGUUGCUAGAUAUCAGCUCUUAAGUUAAACUCGUAUGAGUUAUAUUUGUUAUUAUCAUUAUAUUUGUCCAAACAAAUGUUCAAAUACCAAUAAAAUUACCCUUAAAUGGUCCUUGUUGAUGUAGCGUUACAUGAAAACGCUGUUAUUACUUAAUUUGUCCACAUAGCGUCACUACUGGUGCGUUUUGUCACUGGAGGACUGCUAGCUGGUCAAACUAUUUCACAUUACAAUGAAAAUCAAAAAAUACCUCAAAAUAAACAUUCGCUUCAUUAUUUUGUAACAUCAGUUAACUCACCGCACUUGCAACAAGCUUCAAAUUAACUUCCCGUACGGGGAGGAAGGAUCCCACACCCAUUAUUGAACAGGGCUU